AUGGCGGCCGGUUUCAAAACUGUGGAACCGCUAGAGUAUUACAGGAGGUUUUUGAAAGAAAACUGCCGCCCUGAUGGAAGAGAACUUGGUGAAUUCAGAACUACAACUGUCAACAUAGGUUCAAUCAGUACGGCAGACGGGUCAGCUCUAGUGAAGCUGGGCAACACCACAGUCGUUUGUGGGGUUAAAGCGGAAUUUGCAGCACCACAAGUCGAUGCCCCCGAUAGAGGAUAUGUUGUCCCUAAUGUGGAUCUACCACCGCUGUGUUCAUCGAGGUUUCGGACUGGACCUCCUGGGGAAGAGGCUCAAGUCACCAGCCAGUUCAUUGCAGAUGUCAUUGAAAACUCACAGAUAAUUAAGAAAGAGGACUUAUGCAUCUCUCCAGGCAAGCUUGCUUGGGUUCUAUACUGUGACCUUAUUUGCCUAGACUACGAUGGAAACAUUUUGGAUGCCUGCACGUUUGCUUUGUUAGCAGCUUUAAAGAAUGUGCAGUUGCCCGAAGUUACUAUAAAUGAAGAAACUGCUUUAGCAGAAGUUAAUUUAAAGAAGAAAAGUUACUUGAAUGUCAGAACAAACCCAGUUGCAACUUCCUUUGCCGUGUUUGAUGACACUUUGCUGAUAGUUGACCCUACUGGAGAAGAGGAACACCUGUCAACAGGAACCAUCACGAUAGUAACGGACGAGGCAGGCAAGCUGUGUUGUCUUCACAAGCCAGGUGGGAGUGGACUGACCGGAGCUAAGCUUCAGGACUGCAUGAGUCGAGCACUUACAAGACACAAAGAAGUAAACAAGCUAUUGGAUGAAGUAAUUCAGAGCAUGAAACACAAAUGAACAGCCACCACAAUUGCAAAACAGCUGUA